AUGGCGGGAAAGCAUCGCGGGUUGUGGCUGUGGAUGUUAGGCCUGCUGCUCCUGGCUGGCUGGGUCACCACGGACAUAGGUGACGAGAUGGAGGAUUCUUCUGGAGACCUGCAGCUUCUGUUCAGGCAUCAUGGAACCAUGCCUCGCAGGAAAAGGAAUCUGCUGUUUCCCAGUGGGGUGAAACUUUGCAGUCAGGAGACAUUAGACCAAGCUGUCUCCAACCACCUCAACUACUUUCACCUCAGAGUGUGUCAGGAGACCGUCUGGGAGGCCUUCAAGAUAUUCUGGGACCAACUGCCAGAACGUUACCAGUACCAGGACUGGGUGGGCCGCUGCAUGAAUGGCUCCAUUAGCAUCAAGGAGAUUGGCAAGUUCUUCAGUCAAUCAGAGGAGCACCUCAGCCUCAUUCGAAGCAGAGUUGGCAUGGCGGCACCCAUGAGCAGCGUUCCCAUCAGCUCAGGCCCGCCUCUGUGCAGUUCUGAAAGUUUGCCGGUUGGAGGACUUUUGACCAGUGCGCAGCCAGAAAUCCCAUCUUCUAGUCAAGAGCCUCCUGUUGAGACACUCUCGCCCUCUGCACCUGAGAAAGUCCUUGAAGGAGAAUUAACAGAGACUCCUGUGGAGUUCACCCAUGACACCGUUCUCGCUGUUGUGCCAGACGGGUCGGCAGGCUGCGGCUCUAACGUAGCAAGUCACUCUGACAAGAUCACGAAAGUUCCACCUGAUGAUAAUGUAAAGCUUAUCUCUAAGCCGACUGCCCUGGUCCCACAGGAAGAUAUUCGUGCAGGGCUCACCCCUUUAACUGUGGACGGUAUGCCAGAUGUAUUUCAACAGGACGUGGUGAGUGAAGAAACAAAAUUGGAAAACGAGGAAACAGAAUCUAUGAAAGAGCUACUUGAAAUUGUCGAUGAUGCCACAAACAAAGAAGACCCUCGAAAAGGGUCUGUCGAAUCAGUUGAUGAGGCACAGGAGGAAGGACCUGCUGAAGCUUCGGAAGGACCAGAUGAAAGUCCAGUUGAAGCACCGAUUAUACCUGCAGAGGCAGAUAUUGUCAUAGAAACUGCGGGAGAAACACAAUUGCCGCAUGAUGUGACACUCAGGGAGGGAGUUGACUCUGUAGGAAUAAAAUCUAUGGGAACGGAACCUGGAUCUGAAGUACCUGACUUACACAGUGCCCAUCUUGACUUAACAUCUGCAGAGAAGACGCCUGAAGUUGGGGUUGAGACGUUGGAGGGAAGCGAUGACAUGACACACUUAACAGCAGAAUCCUCAUCAAAACGUUCUGAACAUGAAGCUCCAAUAAAAAGUAUUCAAGGGAACACUGAGGAAUUACAUCCUGAAUCUGAUGAUGGUGCAAGCCUAGUUAUUUCACUGGAGAAUUCAGAGAAAUUACUGCCAGAGGAAAUGGAGGUACUUCAGGAAGACUCUGACGUGGGACAUCCAUCAGCAAUGAUCACGCAGAGUUCUACCACUGAAGUUGAUAAUGCAGGUAAAAUUGAAGCAUUUCCUGAAGUUGAGAAAGAUCUUCCAGGUGAAGAGCUUGGCCCAAUGGUCUCCUCUGAAGGUGAUUAGCCCCCAGAUAGUGUCCAGACACAUCCUGCAGAGGUUCCCUCUGACAAAGUCCAAUUUAUCUUAACAGAUGCAGCUGCAGGAGAUGGAAUGCGUUCAGAGGGACGGCUCAUUGAAACAGUCGUUAAAGCCACCGUGGGAAGCGAUGCUGCAUUUGAGGCCACACCGAGCAGCUCCGUGCAAGCCACCACAACACAUGUUGUGGAGUACAACAAUGGCAACUUUCCAGAUUCCACAGAGAUCCCUCUGAAGGCCGACGGCAACUUACUGAGUUUUCCCUUUGAUGAACAGGAGAACUCACGUCAUAAUGAAAUCGACAACAAUUUCCUGAGGCCUCUGAAGGACCAAAUUGUGGAACUCAGCAUUACACUGAGAGAGGAAUCCUACAACGGUGCUCUGAGAGACCCAAGUAGUGUCCACUACCAGCAACUAGCUCGACACUUCACCCGCAGGAUUAAAGACGCCUUUGAGAAACUACCAGGCUUCAAGAAUGUCUUUGUCAUCGAAUUCAGACCUCAGAAGGACCUAGAACGGGGUCUGGUCGUUCAUGUCCACUAUGCCAUCACUUUGUCGGUGGACAAUGACGGCAUCUCCAAUGCCACAAUGGAAUUCAUUACCCUGCAGAACAACCUGGUGGAGAAGAGCUAUCCUGCUGCUGCUGAGGAACCAACCGUAGUUUAUACCAUCACCGACUUCCGCAACUACAUUACGGAAGCUCUUCGCAAAGACAACUUUCUGACCAACAGCAGCCUGGGUACUCACUCUGACCCGCUGGAGAAUGAUGAGAAUUUGCUACCUCUAGGGAACCCGACAAGUCGUCCAGCUGACAUCUUCGACAAUAUGGAUAACGUCCUUGCUGCAGAGAGACCACCCGACACACCAAAUCCAGAGCAGGAAAACCGGGAUGAUUUUCCAAAGAAAGAUGACUUUCUUUUUGAUUCUUUCGACUCAUGGAAAGACACAAAGACUGAAGCCGUGGGCGAAAAUGACGUCUUCAUGGUUGAUGACAGUACAACAUUUCCACUGACCCCCGAGAGGAGGCCAAGUUUGUUGCCAAGCACACAAGACUCGGAUGAAAAUAUUGAAAAGGAGGGUUUUCUAGUAAACAAUGCUCCUGGUGCUAAAAACAAGACCUUCCAAGGGGACCAUGAAGCCUCCACCUCUCCCCUUUCACCUAAAAAACAGAAAGGCCCUGAGCUUGCAGUGUAUUAUGGCUCUGGCUCUGGUUUCUCGGGAGACGGGCAGGAAGGGCUUCUUCAGUCCUGGGACGCAAAAGCAAGCUUUUAUGGUGACAGCCAUUUGGAGGUCCUGCCUCCACCAGAUCUGGAAGAGACAGAUGAAGAUGAUGGAAUCCAAAAAGUAGGGGGGAUUUUUGUUCAGUCACUAACCAGCACAGAGGGUGAAGUGAUGGAUUUCAGGUCCACCCCUGCUACACCUGUACCUACACGUCCUACGUUAAAUGACUCUAAGCCAGAUGGAGAAACGGAGACCCCAUUCUUGGAUCAGGUUUUAUUUACACCACACAUCAGCACAGACCCUCGGUUCUCUACCAUUGAUCCACCUGUCUUUUCACCCAAAGGCACCUUGACUGUAGAGUUGUCUGUGCAGACAGUGGAAGCAUCUGGCCUCUAUGAAGAGUCUCAUGUGACACAAGAUCAACACAAUUUGGUGGCAUUAACGGGCACUCCUCUGCUGCAGACCUGGACUAAUGAGCAUCCAGGGGUCUCACAAGAUGUGGAAAUGACAAGCAAGACCGCAAAAACUUUUCAUGUGCAGGAAAACACUGAUGCUGCUGCAGAUUCAGAAAUAAAAGAAGUCAUUGCCACUCAAAAACCUGACAAAACCACACAACGACCAACAUUUGAAGAAGUUCAGACAGUUGCAGUCGAAGAAUCGCACUUUCAGGUUGUCCGUCCUCAAUCGCCUCCUGAGGAAGUCUCGGCUGAAGAACCCAGUUUGCCGCUUCCUGAAACUCACCAUGAUGAGGUUGAAGUGUUAGAGGACCAACUUCUCUUCUCUCAACCAACAACGGCAAUGGUUGUGACCCUCGAAGAAGACCUGCUGGUGGAUGAAAUCUUAGUUAUUGAAACAACUGCUGCUACUGCUCCUGUUAGUACUUUCUCUCCUGUUAGUUCAGAUCCAAUCCCCAUUGCACUCUCUCCAGAGAAAGAAUCACCAUUCACUCGAGUAUCAGAUUCAGCGCCCGAAGACGAGGACUCACUUAAUCCUGAGCACUCCGAUCACGAAGAUCAUGGUCUGUUCAGCACACUGUCUUCAGAAGUCAGUGGGGAAAAAAAUGCUUCAACAGAUGAAGAUUUUGGCACAAACUUGGAGGUCCUUAAAACAACAACUUCUACGCUUCCAGAAAUCACUAAAAGUACAGAAACAGCUGAAAUAAAGACGAUAAAGCAUGCGCCAGACGUUGAUGUCAGCCUUGACAUGUCCCGGUACGGCAGCAUAGUAACAGAAGGUGACAGCAGUGGCUACUCCAGUGGAGCGCAGGGCUCAGAGCUGGAUGCGAUCGCAUUGCCGACUAGGCCAAUGCAAGCCCUGACGGUGUUCUUCAGACUACGGGUGACCAACAUGGCAUUCUCCAUGGACCUUUUCAACAAGAGCUCCCCUGAGUACAAAGCACUUGAGCAACGGUUUCUACAACUGCUAGUUCCAUAUUUGCAGUCCAACCUAAACAACUUCCAGAACUUGGAGAUCCUUAACUUCAGAAAUGGCAGUAUUGUGGUUAAUAGCCGGAUGAGAUUUGGCAAACCAGUUUCUAGAGGUGUUGCCAAUGUUGUUUUCCUCAUCCUUGAGGACUUUGCUAACACUGCCUACCAGACCAUGAACCUUGCCAUUGAUAAGUACUCACUGGAUGUUGAAUCAGGUGACAAAGCAGACCCCUGCAAGUUCCAGGCAUGUAACGCCUUCUCGCAGUGUAUGGUCAAUCGCUGGUCGGGUGAAGCUGAGUGUGUGUGUGACGCCGGAUACCUGAGUGUGGAUGGCCUGCCGUGUCAGAGCAUCUGUGAUGUGCAGGAAGACUUUUGCCUCAACGAUGGCAAAUGUGACAUCAUUGCGGGCAAGGGCGCCAUCUGCAGGUGUCGCGUGGGAGAGAACUGGUGGUACCGCGGCGAACACUGUGAAGAGUACGUCUCCGAGCCACUGGUGGUCGGCAUUGCCAUUGCCUCAGUAGCGGGUUUCCUUGCGGUGGCCGCCGGGAUCAUCUUCUUCCUGGCCAGGACCCUGCGCGAGCAGUAUGACACCGAGGACCUAGAAGAUCCUCUGAGACAAGGUGACAGCAUCCCAUCUCUGGAACGGGCCACUAAAUUCAAUCCAAUGUUUGAAAGUGACCCAGUCACGACCCAGUAUUACCGGCGCUAUGACGAUGAGCGUCCCCAGUACAGCAGCCCCACUGCCACGACGAAUGAACUCAGUAGCGAGGAGGUCCGACACAUCUACCAGAACAUGGCGCUCACCAAAGAAGAGAUCCAGGAGCGUCUAAGGAUCAUCGAGCUGUGCGCCAGGGAUCAACAUUUUGCGGACUUUGUGCGACAGACGCAAGUAUUCCUGGAACGACGGGGCAGCUCCACCACAUAAUGACCUGCAAGCUUAAAAGGGUGGCCCCAAUACUGCUUCCUACCAGUCGCCAUGAACCUGAUUCCUUUUAUUUUUGCAUUCUAGAAUGUUUGCAUCGCUUGAUGAAGUAGGCUGAUGUUAACGUUAGGUUAGCAAGCAUCAUUCUACACAGACAGCUGCCUUUGCCUGCGACUGUGAAAGUGCUGACUUGGGCGGUCGCAACUCCUGAUUGGACAGGAAAGUGAUGAGUUUUAUUUUCACAAAACAUCUUUUUGACCAUUGACCCUUUUGACAGUCGUGUCUGACUUUUGGCUGUCAUUAUCAUCUGUUAAAAUCUUUCCUUCCAGUUCUUCUCUCACUUUA